AUGGUUGUCUCCUCUAUGCAGCAUCACACCCAUCAUCAGCAACAGGGUUCCGUUCCUCCUCACCUGCAGCAUUCCCGGCCUCCAAGUAUUGUUCACCAGCAGCAACAUCACAGCCAGGCUCCCCCGCAACAGCAGCAGCAGCAGCACCCGGGCGCGUAUUCAUACCAGCAGCAGUCUCAGGCGACGACCACGCAAGAGCAUAAUCUGCCCUACUACGCGCACCCGAGCCCUUACAGCACGCCGGGGGCGACGAGCGGAUAUACAUCUGCAGACACCGGCGAAAUGAUGGCUGCUACGAUGCCGAGACCGCCAUACCCCCCAAUGUCCUAUCAUACUCCUCAAUCGAAUUCUCCCGCGUCAGUAGCUUCGCCUUCAGGUCAUGACCAGCAGAGAACAAUGUAUGGGCAGCCUCCUUCUCAAUUACACCAACACCAGCAGUCGCUAUACUAUGCUGCUCCUCAGCAACCUUACCAGGCACCAUCUCCAUAUGCGCAGCAUCCACAGCAACAGUCACAUCAGUCUAUGGCUUCGCAGCAGCCUAACAUGAUGAUGUCUCACGCUGCUCCUCAGCACCAGUUGAGCCAACACCCAUCUCAGCACCCACAGGCAGGAAUGACGGUCAGCCCGAGACAGGGGAAAAUUGAGGCGCAUAGCCUGAACCACCGGAUAGCGGGAGCCGCUGCACCGGUCCCGCUUGGUAGCGCAUCGUCUAAUCCGCCCCAAAACGGUGCUCCGCUUUCGACGCCGACCGGCUCUGCAGCUGGAGUCAACCCAAAUGCUGCCCCUGGUCCCAUACCAGCCACAACACCGCUUGUAGUCCGUCAAGAUACGAACGGCGUGCAAUGGAUUGCGUUCGAGUAUUCCCGCGACCGGGUGAAGAUGGAGUACACAAUCCGCUGCGAUGUCGAGUCUGUGAACCACGAGGAGCUCUCGGCAGAGUUCAAGACGGAAAACUGCGUUUAUCCCCGGGCGUGCUGCCCGAAGGAGCAAUACCGAGGCAACCGUCUACAAUACGAGACCGAGUGCAAUACUGUCGGAUGGGCGUUAGCACAGCUGAACCCGCCACUUCGAGGCAAGAGGGGACUGAUCCAAAGGGCCGUGGACAGCUGGAGGAAUAGCAACCAAGACCCCCGGUUGAGGAGCCGCCGUGUCCGCCGGAUGGCCAAGAUGAACCAUCGCAACAAGCCUGGUUCGACGACUCCACACGCCAGCCAUAUGGCUGGCCCUGCUGGCUCAUCAGGCAUGUCAACCCCGACCGCCAUGGGUCCUGCCAGCACAGCUGCCAUGGGCAAGCCCGGGUUGAACAACAUGGGUACGCAGAUGCACCACCAUCACGCCCACUCGGACGGGAACGCUCAGGGAGGUGGAGAUGAACUUCACCAUCACCAUCACCAGGCUCCCUCGCAGCCAGGUUCCGAGGAGCGGCCCGCACAAGUUUUCACCGGCUAUGGUUCAUAUCCAGGCGGCGCGCCCCACGGUGCCUCAUCAAUGCCGUCAGUUCACGACACUAUCAACGGCUCUCCUCAUGCUGGCAGCAGUGCCAUUCCCGCACGUCGUGCCAGCCCCGCCCAGUCUUCCCGCAACGAUGAGCCAGAUGAUCUGUUCCCGGUUAUCCCUGAAGCCAAGAAACGCAAGUUUAUCCUUGUCGAAGACAGCGAUCGUCAGAGUCGGCUUCGCGUUCGGGUGACGCUCGACGGCGUUGACACGCGCGAGAUCCCCGAUAGUUUCCGCAAAGGUAGUAGUGUCUAUCCACGCUCGUAUUUCCCUCGUGAGAUGCAGAGUCCUCCGCCGAGUGCCACGGGUAGCAAGUUCUUCACCGAUGACACAAGCGACGUUGAGGACGAUGGCAUCACCGACACAGAAGGCCGUCGCGCUGGUCGUGGUAGCAAUGCCAGCAGCAGCAGUGUUCGCCGAGGAGGCGCCAAGGCCAUGGUCAAGGUGCCCAUGGGUGACGGCCAGGAGGGCGAAGUGGCCAUUCCGCGGAUGCGCCGGACAUUCCGUGGUAAAGAGGUCCGUCUCAACGACUUGGGCUACCGAAUGGCUUGGCUGCAGAGCCGUGUGUUUGCUGGUCGUACGGUGUUCUUACAACGAGCCUUAGACUCUUAUAGGAACAAGACCAGGAGCGCCAUCGAAUCCGUAUCCCAGGAUGUCAGGACAUCAGUCCCGCACUAUGAAACACGUGUGGGAAAACGGCGGUGGAACGAGCGGAUGCGCGGCGGCGGCAGCGGUGACAAGAAAGACGAAGAUGCUUGA